ACUGCUGUGAGUGCUUUCCCUUGACGGGAGAUGUUGUUUACUUCCGGUUUCAUCGAUGUCCCGUCCAUGCUGCACUCUUCUUGUGUCUCUAGGCGUGAGGUUGAUGUCGAAGACUUAAGUGGAUAUGAGCAGCGACAUCGUGUCGAAACGUUUGUUUGUUGGAGGCCUGGCAGACGAUGUGUCAGAGAAGGACAUAGUGGAGAGGUUUGCUCGCUUUGGGAAUGUCUCAGAUCUCAGUUUGAAACACAGAAAAGAUGAAGCAGGUGUGCCUCAGAAAUCUUUUGCUCAUCUGAACAUUGAAAGUGACGAAGCAAGCAUAAAGAAGUGCUUCGCAGCGUACCAGAAUGCCAAAUGGAAAGGAUCCGUCUUGAAAUUGCAGUACGCUAAAGAAAGUUUCUUGAACAGACUGGUCAAGGAGAGACAGGAAGUACCUGAGCCAGAGCCGCCGGCACCCACACUGUCGCCGGGAACGUGGCAGCCGCCGCAGAUAGACAAACUACAAGGUCCGGCCGUGCCGGGGACCCCGAUUCCUGGGAAGAAGGACUGGGUUGUGGGGAAGUAUGGGCGAGUGUUGCCCACGCUGAAGCUGAAGAAGUCGUCCAUGUUAAAGAUUGUGAAACACGAUCCGUCCAAACUGUGCCACACGGCCAAAGUGUUCAAGGACAGCGUCACGGAACUUCCACACCGCUCACCACCUGCCUCGCUCACCUGGGAAAUUGACACGCCAGAUUCAGAGAUUGUUAAAAAGAUGAAAGGUCAGUUCCCACCCUCGAAAAAACAAGGGCAGAAACCAGUGCAAGUUUUGCCCAAGCUUGCUCCGAGUCAGGCAGCCCGCGGCGACGACUCAUUGGUCAACGGGUCAGUGCGACAGAAAUAUGUUCCCAAGGAAGAAGAUUUAGAAAUCGUUCCCAUCAACAAAAACUCUCCAAAACAAAACAGCUCCCAGCAACAAACGUCCAACAGGUUCGAUAGCGACGUUGACAGUGACUCCGAGCAGAUGUCACCAGCGUCUUUGUCUCCCCACAAGUCGACGACGCCUGGCAAGUUGAACAAGUCGAGAAAUAGCGACAAAAAAACAAACAAAAGUGUGAGUGACUCCUCUGCUGAGCUGAAAGAGAAGCCUGUGUUUGGAAAUAGAGAACGUGAAAGUAGAGAACUAGAAGAAAGUUUGGCUGCUAGUAGUCCCGUCCUUGGUUCAAAAGAUGAAACGUCUUUUAUGGACUUAGAAUCUGAAAGUGUGGGCAAUAAAGAACAGCUGAAUGGCAGCACUUGGCGUGAGCUGUCGCAGUUUGACGCUAGCGACUCGCAACAAGAUUCCUUCAGGAGAAAUAAUUUCAAAAACAAGAAAAAGAAGAAGAGGAAGAGAGGAGGAGAGGAUGAUGACAGCGACGAUGAAGAAUGCCCACUUCCCAAGUUUGGUGGUCUGAGCAUGUUACGUUCUCCUCCACGCGAUGAGAAACAGGACCAGGAAACAGCUGCUGUUUCCCCCCUAGCUCCGGAAGUUCCCAGAAAAGUCCAGAAAUUGACACCGUCUGUUAAAGAAGAUGCUAAAGUUUUAAAUGACUUCAAACGUAGUUCACGACCAACAGAUCCGCCAAAAGUCAAGGCAAAGGCCAGUGUUGAGAUGGAUUAUGAUUCUGCCUCAUCUGCCGACACGAAGGAAAUUAUUCGUAGUCGCAAAUCAAGAACCUCAGCAGACGCCAACUCAUCUCCUGCCCUGCCCUCUGAAGCAUGGUCAAGCAAAAAGUCUCCCCGCAAAGGUACCCCAAUGUCCAGUUCCGGACUGAGUUCCGCAACUCCUGACCAAAAGUUGCUCUUGUCGGAGCUGGUGGCCGGAGCACCAGAGGUAGCAGGCGCAGGUUCAGAGGUCAAGGCCGCUUCUACUUCUGCACCAGGGGCGUACGACUCGUAUGACAGUGACCUUGACAGCAACGACUUUGCUCUGGUGGCCAGGAAACUUGCGGAGAAAGCUGCCGGGAAGACUUCGUCAAAGGAUGCCGGUCGGAAAAACGCCACAUCCAAGAUGGCUGCCUCACCCAAGGUGGCACCACCGCCUCCCGCCGGGGAUCCUGGCAAGCGACAACUUACCAGUGAGGUCGAUGGCGACAUGGAGGAGGGCAGCUCUGGCAGGAAACGGAUCAAGUGUGAAGAGUCACCGCGAGAUAAAAAACUCACGGACAACGAGAAACGGUUGCAGGCAGUGAAAGAACGGAUGAAAGUGAAGCAGCAGCAGCAACUGAUCAUGCAGGAAGCUUUGCUCAAUGUCGUAUGUAACUCUCCCAGUUUUUGCUAG